AUGGCGACCAACGGCGCCCCUACGCCUCCUCCCUCCGAUCAGCCCGCCACCGCCACCACAACAACUGCCAAGCCAGCAACAGACAAUCCCUCCGGCCAACCCAUCACAUCCUCCCUCGACGACGGCACAUCCAAACGGCCACGCGACGCCCGCCUGAUUCACGCAGUUCUCUCGAGCUAUGGUCUGACCAACUACCAAGAACGCGUGCCUCUUCAACUCCUCGACUUCGCCUACCGCUACACCUCCUCCAUCCUCUCCGACUCAUUGCGCCUCAGCUCCGAAGGCUACACCAACCUCCCUCCCCCCACCAAUGCCUCUGGACGAGGUCGAGGCGCAGCUGCAGUAGACGAUGGCGAACGCAUUACAGUAACGAGUCUCCGACAAGCGAUUGCAGCUCGACAAGGCUAUUCGUUCCAAGGAGCGUUACCGAAAGAAUUUAUGCUCAAAGAAGCAGAAGACAGGAAUCGCAUCGCGUUGCCGAAAGUCGAAGGUGGACAGGCUUUUGGGGUGUUGUUGCCGCCGGAGAAAUUCUGCUUGACCGGCGUCGGCUGGAGUAUGAAGCAGGAGUGGGAUAGUGAGGUGGAGGAGGAUGAGAAUGGGGCUGCGACUGCGAGUGGAGAGGAUGAGACGAUGGGAGGGAUGGAAGGAGGAGAUGAUGAUGAGGAUGAGGAAGGGGCGGGGAGAAUGGAAGACGUAUUCGGGGAGGACCCCGCUGAAGAUGUGGCCAUGGAGUAGAUAAUAGGCCUGAAGAUUCAGCGACGGGAGGAUGGUGAUACUCAUCUUUUUGGGGGAACCUGACUUUAGCGAGGCGUACGGCGCGAAAAGGAAAAAGAAAAUGAAACAUGAUGAACAGGACCGCGUGCGAGAUCACGCCCUUGGUUUCUCUCUGGCCUAUUUUUGUAAUAAAAC